CGGAGCUGAGGGAGGGAUGAUAACGAUCCAUUUCCAAAUCCAACCUGUCUCACUCACUUUCGAAUUUCUGAGCGGAAAACAGCUUGGAAGAGGAUUUUACUGAGCGUCUUUCUCCUACAAUAUUUGGAUUUUGAGCAACAAACACCAACUGACAAAAGAAACACCGAACAGCACUGAAGAUUAGCUGUUGUUUCUGCAACUGAUGUAACCAGGGUACAGAGAAAGGCAAGAAACAAAAGGCUUCAAUCUAAUGGCCAAGCAACCAACAGCUGUGCAGAAUGGGACUGGAUAUAGUAGACUUCAUCUCACCUAACAUGAUGGAAUCUGGUCUGUCACCUUUUGCAGACUUCCUGGACCUCAACCCCAACAGCUAUAUCAACAAUAGCAACAGAAGCUGGAGCAACCAUCCGUAUGGUGAUGAUCCAAGGCUCAACGAAACUGAGACCCUUCAUUACCCACUCCAUAAUGCUCUCCUUGGAGUAUUGUUGGGCCUCUUAUCACUCCUCACCAUCAUAAUGAACCUGCUUGUCCUCUAUGCUGUGAAGAAAGAAAAAACUCUCCAUACGGUGGGAAACCUGUACAUUGUUAGCCUGUCAGUGGCAGAUCUGAUUGUGGGAACGACAGUUAUGCCCCUAAAUUUGAUGUAUCUGCUGGAGGAUGAGUGGAGUCUGGGGCGAGCGGUGUGCCAGUUUUGGCUGAUCAUGGAUUAUGUGGCCAGUACAGCAUCAAUCUUUAGCUUGUUUAUAUUGUGUUUGGAUCGGUAUCGCUCAGUCAGACAACCUUUGAAAUACCUAAAGUAUCGAACACGGGGAAAAGCGAGCUUGAUGAUCUCUGGGGCUUGGCUACUUUCAAUGAUGUGGAUAAUUCCUAUUUUAGGAUGGAGGUCGUUCACAUAUGUGGACCUUAAACCUGAGGAAGAGAACAAAUGUGACACAGACUUUCGCUUUGUUACGUGGUUCAAGGUGAUAACAGCUGUUUUCAACUUCUAUGUACCCUCAAUUUUGAUGUUGUGGUUUUACACACACAUCUACUUGGCGGUGAGGCAGCAUCUACGAGACAGAGAGAGAAUCAUUCAUCCAGCAGAUUCAUUUGGAGAAAAUGAGAAUGGAGGCAAUGCCCCAAGCCCUAAAGAAAAUGACUCCAAAUCCCUCGGGAACAAAACAGAGGUUUCCCUAAAACAACUAAAAAAAGACAAACUGCUAGAUCAGAACACUCUAGCUCAGACAUAUUCACUUGAAGAUGGUGAGAAAACUAAAUCUGCUUCUUUUAGAACUCACAGAAAAAUAGGCGUAAAGUGCCAACAGACGUCACUUCUUUCCAUGACAACAAAGCGGCUCAGAAUGGCACGGAGGGGUAAAACAUGCUCCUUGUCGCCUGAAGAGAGGCAGCCAGGACCAGAGCUUCCCCUGAACCAGUCAUCUGCGCCACAGGAUAUGACAUGCUCAGGUGGAAACAAUGAGAACAAACAUCAAGCCUCUCUCAAUGAAUGCCAUGUCACAGUGACAAACUCUGUGAGUGGAGUUUGCGGUAUCAGUCCAGUGUCAGAUGUGCAGAGGUAUACAGAUGUGCUCUGCAACAGCUACGACCCCAGUCAAGCGCUACCGUGGCCCGAGGAAGGAGUUGAGGACACCAAAAUAGACUCUGAUAAUGGAGUGACUCUGAAACAGGCGUGGCACAGGUUUAUAGACCAAUCACGACAUCGAAUUCAAAGUCUGAGGAUUCAUAAGGAGCACAAAGCUGCCAAGCAGUUAGGUUUCAUAAUCGCUGCUUUCUUACUGUGUUGGAUUCCUUAUUUCAUAGUUUUUAUGGUCAUGGCUUUCUGCCCAGAGUGCGUGCACCACGAUCUUCACAUGUUCACCAUUUGGCUUGGUUACAUCAAUUCCACUCUAAACCCUUUCAUAUACCCACUCUGCAAUGGAAACUUUAAACGUGUUUUCAAAAAUAUUCUCAAGAUCAAUUUGUGACUGAUAUGACUGCAAGAGCAUAGAGUCACACGAAUUCUGAGCUCUUCAAAUGUUACCAGUAAUAAUAGAUAAUCCAAAAAAAAGUUGAUGGUCUUGGAUGUGUUUUUAUUGUUGAUAAAGUAAAAGCAUAUUUUGGGUGGCAACUUGUUUUGUACAUUAAGUCUCAGAUUUUAUUUUUGUAACUCACAGUUUUACAAAGAGUCUUUUAGAGUAAAAUGUUAUUUAUUUUUGUCUGUUUUGCUGAUAUUAUUGCACUGUGUCCAGAGAUAAAUGAUUUCAUUCUUAGGAGCAGAAGUUGGAUUUUUUUAAAGUCUGUUUCUAUUGAGUCUAAAACUAUUGUCUAAAUCUUAAUGUAAGUCAUUUCCCUAAAAAAAUACAUACAGCUCAUGAUAACACUACUCUCUCCUUUUGUCAGACCCAUGCUCAUCAUUAGUCAAUGACUCAAUGCAGUCAAUCAUCUUUUGUUGUAAAGUGGUCGCUCAGGAGGAGGUAUUGCUGCAAAGUUGAUGACUCAACAUAAUUGGAUGGCCUUCCAUAGGUAGGAAGUUCUUUACCAGUUGGCAUGAAAAACUGAACUGAACACUGUAUUAUAUUUUGGACUGAACUGUAAUGUAUCUAAUUGGAUUUAAAUUCUGAUUUAUGAUCAGGAUCUGUUUGUCUUUAAAGUAUCUUGAGAUGACAUUUGUUGUGAACAAGUGCUUUAUAAUAAAUAAAUUAAAAUGAAUUGAAUUUAUCACAUUCACAUCACUUUUGAAGAAGACUGCUUAAAAGAAAUAGCAUAACCGUUAUCUCAAAUCCAAACAUAAACAAAGGAGAGCCAGAAUUUUAUAUUAGUUAAAAAACAUACAGUUUUAUUCUAUUUAACACUUCUUGACUUAAGUUAUUUUUGGUGUCUAUACUUAACUCAACGUUGUAAGUUGUUACAGAACAGGCCACUGUCUCAAAAACUUUUCAAUGCAAAAGUGACAACAGUCCAAAACUUUAUAAAACACUGCUUGCAUGAAAUGCAAUUGAAGUUUUGAAACUGGAAUAUGAUAUCAGAAACUAGCUUUGCUCUUUGCUCUAAUUUAGCCAACUUUACAUUUGUUUUGUAGAACAAAAUUGUUUUUUGUUUUUUUUUGACAUUCCAUGUAAACAAAUGAAUGGCGUGAUGUCCAGCUAUUUGUGAGCAGGAUCUGUGACCCCAGGAUGUCAUGUAUAUUUUGACACAGUCCUCUAGCAAUUUAUUGGGUAUCUUCCUUACCAUCCUCGUCUUUGUGAGUGAAGGCAAGAUACAUUUGAAUUCUCAUCCAGCUUUGCUGUAAAUAUUCACAAGUUAGUUUGAGAGGCUAAUUUCUCCAAAGACUACUUUUGACUUGUGUGAAAUAAUAUACAUUUGCUUCAUUUGAAUAGUUUGGUGAAGAAUAGCUUCCAGAAAUGAGCCCCUAUGUCAUAAUUGUACCCUUGGGAAAUAGGAGCUAGUUGUCAACUAAAAAAUAAUUAAAAAUAAAGAAUAUAUUAAGAAAGCUUUAGUUAUACUGAUUUUAUAGUAAUGGAAAUUAAGCAUAGGAUUUUUUUCUCCCACAAGUUACAUAUAGCAGCAGCUAUAUGCAUUCAUUUUAAGUUUUUUUAUAUGUGCACCAGGAAUACCAAUGAAGGUAAAGUGUUAUCAUGGAUAAGAAUCCCACAGAGCCUAUCUUUAAAAAUAAAAAUCAAAGAUAUUUCUUCAAAUGAACAUGAAUUGAGUCAAAAAUAUUUUGUCAGAAUCAUAAUACAAUCCAAGCAUGCUUUUAAAAGAAUUAAAUCUGUAACUCUGGACUUAGAUAUAUGUCAAUAAAUCACUAAAUCACAGCAAGCAUCAAUGACGGUUUUAUUUAUAAUGUGUUUCUAUUUCCAUUCAUAGUCAGAUUCCAAGUUGACAGCAAAGUGAAAAUGUUUUAAUUUAUUUUGGAUUUAUUUUGUGUUCUAAAGUUGUAAGAAAUGAACAACAUGAGCCAUGACACUUAAG